AUGCCGACGCGAUUCCCGUCGCCACCUCGUCGGCGCCCCUCGCCGGAUCGCUCCUCUAUCGCCAACGCUGCCUCGUCGCCUCCUCCCCUGCGUCGCGUCGUCGUCCCCGACAUCCUCCCCGCGCCCCACUGCCCAAUCCUUACGGGCCCCGUGAGCUACCCCUCCUCCUCUCCCCCUCGCGCGCACGCGCUCACGCCGUGGCCUCCUUCCCGUGGCCCCGCCUCGCUGUGCCGCUUCUGCUCGCGUCGCCUCGCACAGGGCUGCAUCCAGCGCCCCGCCACCCGCUGCCGCCUACCUCACCGCCCCGCCCGCGCCUGUCUCUUGCGCCGCCCGCAUUCGCCCCCUGGCCGCUCACCGCCGCUGCGCGCGCGCAUCCGCGCUUGGCCGCGCCCCAGCUCGCCGGCGCGCGCCCACGCCCCACCGCACGCCCCUGCUCCCCUCGUCCCGCUCUGCCGCGGCCUACGUCUCACCGCGCGCGCACGCGUCGCGCCCCCUGCUGCCGAGCGCGCCGCCCCCAACCGCUCUGGCCGCGGCCAUGGCCGCCGGCGCCAAGCCGCGCGCCCGCCUGUUGCACGUCUCCCCGCAGCGCCCUAUCGGGCGGACUGGCGCUCGUCGCCUGGCUCCGCCCGACGCCCGUAA